GGGCGGUGACAGUAGCAGCGAGCGGCAGCUCUCCUUCGCCUCAGCUCAAUCACCUUCCACUGCCCUACUUUGCAACACGAGGGAGGGGGAGAACUUAACGCUGAGCUGUCAGGCGGGACUCGUUUUUCGGCGGAAUGAUCUCAACUCUUUCUCGAGCCCCGGAGGCGGAGUGUGUCUAGCAGCGCGAAGUCGGACAGUCGCAGGUCCUGGAGCUGGCUGGUGGCGGCCGUUGAGCGUCUUCCCUGCCUGUGCACGCGCUCACUCGGGUCUGAGUCGCCUCCCGUCCCGAUCUCCCUCGCCGCAGCGGAAAUCUCCGCCUCCGCACUGGGCUGGGUCUGCGCCUCCGAACCGACUUCGUCCACAGCCUGGAAGCUCUCAAUAUGAACAGUGUCGUCUGCGCUGAGAGACACCAGAUUAUGAUGCAUGAUGAUCACAGAAGAUAUUCGUGUCUAUAGCUCUUAAGGACUUGAUUACAUCAUUUUCAAGCCUGCUAGUUUUGGAAUCAUCAUUGCAGCUCACAGGACACGACCCGACCCGUCUGCCUGCACUUCAGUAAAUUGUCUUCAUAUAAGAAGAUAUUGAAAGCGACGUGCUCUGAUUUAACACCCCAUUACUAUUGGAUUAUUUAAGUUUUCUCAGUUAUAAAUUUACAGCAAUAUAUUUAGCAGGGUUUCUAUGCAUGAUGCUGCAGUGCGAACUAGAAAAGUUUGAACUAUAGAGCACUAUUAACUGCUUGUGUAGACCCUGCUGCCUCCAACUAAAAGCCAAACCAACAGCAAAAUGAUUCCUAAUGGAUAUUUGAUGUUUGAAGAUGAAAACUUCAUAGAGUCAUCUGUUGCCAAAUUAAAUGCCUUACGUAAAAGUGGUCAGUUCUGUGAUGUUCGGCUUCAGGUAUGUGGACAUGAGACGUUGGCACACAGAGCAGUCCUAGCUUGCUGCAGUCCCUACCUGUUCGAAAUCUUCAACAGUGAUAGUGAUUCUCAUGGAGUUUCUCAUGUUAAAUUUGAUGAUCUCAAUCCACAAGCUGUUGAAGUCUUAUUAAAUUAUGCCUACACUGCUCAGUUGAAAGCUGAUAAAGAGCUAGUAAAAGAUGUAUACUCGGCAGCAAAGAAGCUGAAGAUGGAGAGAGUCAAGCAGGUUUGUGGUGAUUAUUUGCUCUCUAAGAUGGACAUUCAGAGCUGCAUUUCUUACCGGAACUUUGCAAGUUGUAUGGGAGACUCACGUUUAUUGAACAAGAUUGAUGGUUACAUUCAGGAACAUUUGUUGCAGAUUUCAGAACAAGAGGAAUUUCUCAAGCUUCCACGGUUAAAGCUUGAAGUAAUGCUUGAAGACAAUGUUGGCUUGCCUAGCAAUGGCAAAUUAUACACAAAGGUAAUCAACUGGGUGCAGCGCAGCAUCUGGGAAAAUGGAGGCAGUCUGGAAGAUCUAAUGGAAGAGGUUCAAACGUUGUACUACUCAGCUGAUCACAAGCUGCUUGAUGGAAAUCUACUAGAUGGACAGGCUGAGGUGUAUGGCAGUGAUGAUGACCACAUUCAGUUUGUGCAGAAAAAGCAACCACGUGAGAAUGAUCACAAGCAGAUAAGUAGCAGUUCCUCUGGAAGCCUUUCUUCUCCAAAUGCUACUGUACAGAGUCCUAAACAUGAAUGGAAAAUCAUUGCUUCUGAAAAGACUUCAAGUAAUACCUACCUGUGUCUUGCCGUUUUGGAUGGUGUGUUCUGUGUGAUUUUUCUUCAUGGACGUAACAGCCCUCAGAGCUCUCCAACUAGUACUCCACGACUGCUGAAGAGCAGGAGUUUUGAGAUUCAGCCAGAUAACCUUAUAGAAAAGCCCUUGUCUCCAAUGCAGUAUGCUCGAUCUGGGUUGGGAACAGCAGAACUUAAUGGCAAGCUAAUAGCUGCAGGUGGCUAUAACAGAGAGGAAUGUCUGCGCACAGUAGAAUGCUAUGAUCCACGAAAGGACCGUUGGACUUUUAUUGCACCUAUGAGAACACCAAGAGCCCGAUUUCAGAUGGCAGUUCUAAUGGGACAGCUGUAUGUUGUAGGGGGGUCAAAUGGUCACUCUGAUGACUUGAGUUGUGGGGAAAUGUAUGAUCCAGAAAUAGAUGACUGGACUCCUGUUCCAGAACUGAGAACCAGUCGUUGCAAUGCAGGAGUAUGUGCUUUGAAUGGUAAGCUGUACGUUGUUGGUGGCUCAGAUCCUUAUGGCCGGAAGGGAUUGAAAAAUUGUGAUGUGUUUGAUCCUGUCACAAAAUCUUGGACAAGCUGUGCUCCACUUAACAUUCGUAGACAUCAGUCUGCAGUAUGUGAGCUAAGUGGAUAUUUGUAUAUAAUUGGAGGAGCAGAAUCCUGGAAUUGUCUGAACAGUGUAGAGCGUUACAAUUCAGAGAAUGACACCUGGACUCUAAUUGCACCUAUGAAUGUGGCUAGGCGUGGAGCUGGAGUGGCUGUUCAUGAUGGAAAACUCUUUGUUGGUGGAGGCUUUGAUGGUUCUCGUGCUGUCAGUUGUGUGGAGAUGUAUGACCCUGCUAAAAAUGAAUGGAAGAUGAUGGGAAGCAUGACUACUCCAAGAAGCAAUGCUGGUAUUGCAGCUGUGGCAAACACCAUUUAUGCAGUUGGAGGAUUUGAUGGCAAUGAAUUCCUGAAUACAGUUGAAAUCUACAACCCAGAGUCAAAUGAAUGGAGCCCAUAUACAAAAACCUACAAAUUUUAACCACUUUAAGUGCCCCAGGCAAACUAACAGGCUUAGUGAUGUAAUUGUGUUUUAGUAGAGGUAUGUGUCAGGGUUGGGAGGGUAUAGAAGUUGCCAACAGCAACACAAAGCUUUUGCAUAUUGCAUACUACUAAUGUGCUGUAUAUACUUUUUUUUAGAAAGAUGAAGGGUGUUUUGUGUAUUUUUGGAUUUUGUUACUUAGAUUUUGGAAAUUGAUAAUAUUGUAAGAGAAACUAAGAACUGUUUGGGCAUAUCAUUUCAAGAGCUUCCCCCAAUGUUUGUUUUGCCAAUUUGCACAAUUUUUUCCCCCUUAGAAUGUGUGUUUGGGGCAGGAAGAAUAGGGUUUUUGGUUAUAGGCAGUUGGUUUUUCAGGCUCUCUUUCCGCCCCGCAGUAACUGGAACAAUCUGUAACAAGAAGCCUUAUUUAACACACACUGCUUUUUUUAUUAUUAAAGUUGACAUGCCUGCCACUACUUAACCUUUUAUGAUUGCCUUUUUAUAACUUUUAUAUACUCAGCAGAAUAUUACCUGUUGAAAGUGGCAGAUAGUAGUUAUUGAGGCAGACAAUACCUUAGUGUUCAUAGAGAUGGGAUGGGAUAUUUAAUUUACCACUGUACAUGAGCAUCUAAGCUUUUGCCUCUGCUACACUAUUGUACUUUAGUAUGCAACACUGAUCAUUAAAUUUGAAUGGAGUUUCUGAACAUAACUGACUUAUUUAAAAUCAUUUUAGCUCCAAAUAUUUUGACACCUGUCAGAGGUGCUUUCUGUACAGCAGUUUUGUUACCAAGGUUGAGCUAAUAUUUGUAAAACAUGAAGUGUUCAUGUUUUUAGAAUAUUACCAGUAGUGAGGAAAAUAUUUCUUAAAAUGUUAUUUAUUUUUCUAAUAGUGCAAGCUGACAGAUGUGCUUGAAUAUGAAUUGUACUUACUUUGUUCCAUAAGUGCUUAGUAUUAUGUUUUGAUUCAUUUUCUCUAUUCAUAUGUAAAAAUGUUGGCUGGGAUGACUUGGUGUCUAAUGUGUAGUGCUGCACAUCUAACUUCCAUGGUGCCAAACGUAGCACUUAAUGCUUGCUGCUGAUGCAAACACAUUAAAAGGUACCUUUCAGGAAA